ACCACAGCCCUUUCCGUCCUUUUCUCCCUCCGCGCGCUCUCUUUUCGGUCCACGUGCGGAUGUCUUAGAUUUUACAAUCAAAAAGACCGCAAUAAGAGUUUGGACCAAAUGGCGGCAUCAUUCGAGCAGAUGAGAGCUAACGUGGGAAAGCUAUUACGAGGAAUUGAUAGAUACAACCCAGAGAACCUGGCAACAUUGGAACGCUACGUGGAAACACAAGUUAAAGAAAAUGCCUACGACCUAGAGGCCAAUUUGGCUAUUCUCAAAUUGUACCAGUUCAACCCUGCCUACUUCCAGGUCACAGUGACGUCGCAGAUUCUGCUCAAGGCCCUGACCAACUUACCACACACAGACUUUACUCUGUGCAAGUGCAUGAUUGACCAGACACACCAGCAGGAGGAGCGCCCCAUUAGGCAAAUCCUGUACCUGGGGAACCUCCUGGAGACCUGCCAUUUCCAAUCCUUUUGGUCCAGUCUGGAGGAGAACAGGGAAUUCAUUGACGGCAUCACAGGCUUUGAGGACUCCGUGCGCAAGUUCAUCUGCCAUGUGGUUGGAAUCACAUACCAGAACAUUGAGCAUCGACUUCUGGCUGAGAUGCUGGGUGACCCCCUUGACACACAGGUUAAGGUGUGGAUGAGCAAGUACGGGUGGACGGAGAACGAGGAAGGGCAGAUCUUCGUCUUUAACCAGGAGGAGAGUGUAAAGCCCAAGAACAUUGUUGAAAAGAUUGACUUUGAGAGUGUAUCCAGCAUCAUGGCCACAUCUCAGUGAUAUCCAGACACAUUGGCACAAACACCCCGACUGCACCAAAAUUCAACCAGACAGAAGUACAUAUACCACAAACCAGCGUUUCACAAUAAAUGUUAAUUAUCCAUUCAUA